GUCUCUUAAGAUAUCUCGAAGUACGGAGCCGUCUACGUCAGGUUCGGUUCAGAGCUGAGCAGACGAACGAGGAGCUCGAGGAGCUGAGAAAUGGCGAGCUUCGUGCUGCAACUCCCGACGACGGGCAGAUGGAGGAGCCUUUCCGUCUCCGCCUCAUCGAACGGGGCUGCUCCGGGUCGGAGUCAAAGCCAGGGCCAAGGAGGAGGAGGGCCGGUGAUCGUGGAGCUGCCGCUGGACAAGAUCAGGAGGCCGUUGAUGCGAACGAGGGCGAACGAUCCGGUCAAGGUGAAGGACCUCAUGGACAGUAUCCGGGAGAUCGGUCUCCAAGUCCCUAUUGAUGUGCUCGAAGUCGAUGGAGUUUACUACGGCUUCUCUGGUUGUCAUCGCUACGAAGCUCAUCAGCGCCUCAGCCUCCCUACGAUCCGUUGUAAAGUCCGGAAAGCGACAAAAGAAACACUAAGGCAUCAUCUUCGCUGAGUUUGCGACAGUAUCGGAUGGAUGGUUUCUCAACUCAAUGAAUGGUGCUGCAGUUAAUGGAUUCUGAGAUACUGCCCUUACACUGAUUGCUGCAAGUUCCUUUUGGAUGCAAUUAGUUUUGAGCUCUCUUGUACAAGCAUUUGAACAAUAAAGGAAGGGGUCUUGAUUAAGUUU